AGUAGUUGUUCUUGACUCAAAACGAUAGCAUUAUCUAUGUAAACCACUCAUUUUACCAUACUAGAGUGUCCAUCCCAGGAUAAAAAAUCCAGGAUUUGAUAAAUUUCGGGAUCUUGCGUUUUCCGAGAUACAAGUUUUGACGUCCCGCGUAGAAAUGCGUAGAAACAAAUGACAGAUUUUGAGAAAAAUCUGGUUUAUGACUUUUUGUACUUAAUAACUGUUAUGCCAAACAUCCAUUACACCAAACAGCCUAAUAGCAGAAGAUUUAAUGAAAAAUGGUCCUCAGGCCAAUCCAUCUAAGGGGCCUUCCUUUUACCGAGAUUUGGCAAUAUUAACCGAUAUCUCAGCUGUUGAUAUUUCUUUGGACUAAUAUUGAUGCUAUGAGUCUAUGCUUUACGUUCACACUUUAAAAUGAUGUAUUAUUGAAGUUUGUACUUUAAGAGCACGUGAUAAAGUUGGUUUAUAUGCUGCAAUCCAGUACUUAUUGGUAUUUUAAAAGUUUAACUUUGCCUCUUUAAAACAGAAUAUGCAAUUGAGCCUAACAUAAACAUUUGGCACCUUCUCUGUCAGUGACCGUAAUUCUUCAAAACAAUACACCAAAUAUUAUGACUGUGUAAAUGAAAAUCACUGUUGAUUUCUAAAUCAAACACCAAAAAAGCUUUAACGCAUUACUUUGCAUCUAAAUCUUGUCUGUGCGAUUUUCCAGGUUUGGUCAUGUUUUGCACUAAAAGCAGUUUAGCGUUUGACUGUCUGGUGGAAACUAUUCCUUUAAAAAUUAGUAUUUCUUACACCACAUGCGGGAUAUCUCGCUUAUCGUACACAGUAUCCACGUGGUUUUUCUGGCGAUAAUCAUUCGCACGAAAACCGGAAGUUUCAGGUUACAGCAGAGCUUCAGUCGUCCGUGAAUCAUCCAUCAAACCUAGGCUAACCGUUUUCAAUCACAAAUCCUUCUUUUCAACACACCAGAACCUCUAAGUAGUUCUUAGCCAAUCGUCGAUUAUUGCGCCAACUAGCUUCUUCCUCAAUCAAGCCACUUCAGGGCCAGUCACCUUAUCACAGGUCUUAAAUCACACUUAAUUGAAUAAUCCUGCUGGUUGCCACAGUACGCCAGUACUUUAUCAGUGAUUCUGAAGUUAACUCAUCCGCCUGAAGUCCACCUCUAUUCGCCGUCUGAUGAUCCGUAAUCGUUGCAGCUGUCCCAAAAAAACGGAAGUACAAGACACAGCCGUCGAUAGCACCUCACAGCAAUUGUGUGUAUGACACGGUCGAAAUCCGGACCCGGUGUAGUUACACCGGGUUCGUCACCCAAGAAGUGUCAGUCGUGUCAACCCCGACCGACCAACCAACCAAACCGACAGACCUUGCGUGGCGAGGAAUGUUUUUUUUCGGGGUAGUUCGCCGAUAAAAUGUCAAUUAGAGCAACGGAAGGUGACAUGGCAAGGGUGGCAGCAUGACGACAUCGAUUCUUGCGGUCGGACGGAUGAGAAAGAGCCGGACCCACCACAGUCGAUCCAGAUCGAUGAAGGACUUUGGACAAACGGCGUGGAGCGAAUCGAGUCGGUUUGACUGUUUUAUCUUCGCGGAUGGGGAUUGCGGGUAGGAAGGAUUGGUCCCGGUGGAUAUGGAAUGUCCAAUUUCAUCGAAAACGCUCACCGCACACAUCGAUCUGCGGCAGGGACGCAAUGGAUGGUUGCUGUGGGAAUUCUAGGAAUCGUCCAUGUCCCUUGAGAAAAUCGAUUUCAACAGUGGGAGAGAAGAGUGCGGAUGUAGCGGCGCAUGCGUUCGUGCGACGGUUGUGGUCCUUAUCUUUCCGAAGGAUCCUGGAUAUUCUGUGAGCGAGUAUCGAACGCUGCAGCAACGGACGAAGGAGAUGCAACAGAGCAGCUGGGAAAACGGAGAUGGCUCCGCCCCUUUCGAUGACUCGACCGAAUUUGUGAAUGUGUAUCGACCCGUAGCUACGGGGUUUCAUGGUAGUGGUGCGAUCGGUGAACGUGAGGUGAAUUUCUUCUUUGUCGGUGGUGAAAUGAAGGUUUCUUUGUUGGUGGCCGAUUCUCCUGUAGGUAUCAGUUGCGAUUGGUCGAUGAGUCGGUGCGAACGGGACACAAUGAACACGUUGGUUCUGUCUCGCCGCCGAGUCGAUUCUGGGAGAGUAUGAGAUUGGAUAAUGUGUCGUUAAUGUUGGUACCAAUACGUUCGCAACGGCCUGUGUUCCGUCACGCAAGAGGAGGAUGUGUGUUUAAAGUUUAGCCAGGCACUUCAGUCGAAUAUUGUUUGAAAGCCAAAUAGUAGUUAUUCCCCUCUGCAAACAGUCACAUCUUGUUAUUCAGGAGAGGCAGGCAGACAAAGUUUGUACAACAUUAUAAUAUAUCAACAUAAUAUAAUAAUAAAGCACUCGCGCGCGCGAGCUGAAGGUUUUUCCAGCGGGAAUUCGAGUGUGCCGAUUAGGGAUUUUCCUCGCAAAGCGACGGGGUUUUCCAGCGGGAUUAUCGAGUGUUUUGAGGAGUUAUUCGCGUGUGUGGAAAGUGUGACUCCGGAGUGACGUUGGCUCCGCGGACUUUCGUGAGGAAGACUUCCGGUUCCGGUACAGAAUCCGGAUCGAGUGCUGUGCUUAUGCUGAUGAGUGUAUUAUCGUGAAAAUUUCGGACAGUUUUCAAAACAUUUACACAGCUCGGUGGACACGCAUCGUUUGAGAAGAGCACGAGCUUCAGAAUUGAUGAGAGGCUGAAUCGCCACGCACGCACCGAAUACGUACGCAGUGGAGUUUGUUGGUGGUAGUGGCCUGGUUGAUGCAGUUGUGCAGCUUGAAAAUCGAAGGAAUACCUCGGCACGAUAGCGACUAGACAUAACCGAGUGCGUGAACAAAUAAACAAAGAGUAGCUAGACUUUGAUAACCGGUGUAGUAUUGGAGUGAUAAACAAUUUCGGUGAUUGCAUUCAAGGAAUGUGAAUCGCUCCGAAUGAGCGAUUGUGACCGGGAGAUGAUUGAUCUGUAGUCAUGCUACUACGGCUCUCGUUGAUCACAGAAAGUGUAUUGAAGGAAGCAAUUUUGAUUAAUUUGUUUAUGCAAGGCUUAGACAAAAUACCCAAGUGAUAACACGGUGAAGACUACAGUGAAGUGAAAAUGCAAAAACUCUAUCCGGAAACAUCGAUCAACAACACCAGUAUGGCCGGCGGAAAUAUGAGCCCCAUGCCGUCGACGUACAGUAUGAACAGUAUGGGUAUGACGGUCGGCGGGAUGACCUCGGUUUCACCACAGGGUGGAUCAUUUGGCGCCGGAGUACUAGGAAACCCUGGAAUGAGCGGGAUGGGUGCCGCUAUGAACACCAUGUCCAGUCAAUGCCUUUCAUCGGCUCCGAUCGGAUACGGUUCGAUGGGAUCGCCAAUCACCAACAUGGGUCCCUGCAUGGGAGGCAACGGCAUGAGUUCUAUGGCUGCUAUGUCCGGUUACUCCAGUGUAGCUGGUAGCCGAGAAGUGCUUGGUGAUCCUGUAUCUCCAAAUUCAGCAGCCCUUCAGCGAGUGAGAACAGAAAAACCUGCGGCAGCUUACCGAAGGAGUUAUACUCACGCUAAACCGCCAUACUCGUACAUUUCCCUCAUUUAUAUGGCCAUCCAUAAUAACCCGCACAAAAUGUUAACUCUUGCGGAGAUCUAUCAGUUCAUCAUGGAUCUGUUUCCCUUCUACCGACAGAAUCAACAACGGUGGCAAAAUUCCAUCCGACACUCGCUUAGCUUUAAUGACUGCUUUGUCAAAGUGCCCCGAACUCCAGACAAACCCGGUAAAGGUUCCUUCUGGACGUUACACCCUGAAUCUGGUAACAUGUUUGAAAACGGGUGCUACCUUCGGCGGCAGAAGCGAUUCAAAGACGAGAAGAAGGAGAUCAUUCGUUCGAUGCACAAGAGUCCAGCUCACAGUAUGGAUGCAACGAGUCCGGAUAAAAAAGACCCCCAUGAUGACCACCACCAUCAUCACCGAGACCACAAAGUAACUGUCGAUACCCACGGAAUGCUGAAUUCCUCUCACGGCAAGGACACCGAUGCGCUAGCCAUGUUGCACGCUACCGCGGAUCUUUGUCUAGCGCAGCAGUCGCAUUCCCAGCAUGGACCCCAUCACCAGCAGCUUCAGCAAGAGGAAUUGUCUGCCAUGGUAAACCGAUGCCAUCCCUCGCUACUCAGCGAUUACCACUCGAUGCACCUCAAGCAGGAACCGCCCGGCUAUACGCCCUCUAGUCAUCCGUUCUCCAUCACCCGAUUACUACCGACGGAGUCCAAGGCCGACAUCAAGAUGUACGAUAUGAGUCAAUACGCCGGCUACAACGGCCUUAGCCCUCUACAGAACUCGCAUGCUGCGGCGGCCGCCCUAGGACAGGACUCCUACUACCACCAGAGUCUCGGUUACCACCAUGCAUCGGCCGGAACCACCAGCUUGUGACACCAGUACCCGUUGGCAUAAGUGAAGCUUAAGAACUACUACGGUUGCUAUGGAGCCAACGGCAACAACAGCUACAGCGUUCAUCAGUUCAGCAUCAACGGCAACAGUUAUAACGGUAAUUCCAUUAGUAGAUCCUCCUGUAGUAGCAGCACCGACGCUGACCCUAAUUUCCCAUUCUAAAUCCGACUGCUUCCGAUUCCUGAAUUCCGCUCCUCUCUCUUGGUUUAGCGAAUACAGUUGAACGCCUCAUUUGUGGUACAGGAUGUGACGACAAGAAAUGCAGUUUUGUAUAAAUGACGUGAAUUGUCAUAUCACUAGAUUUUUACGCUUUCUUUCGUGUCACAUGCUGUACCCCUGUGGAAGAAAAACUAACCUACAAAAAAAAAAACGAUGUUAUCAAGUGGAUAUGCCCAAAGUCAUCCGUUCGGCAGUCCCAUCUCGCCAAAAUGUCUCCAAAGUUCGGCCACUCACUUGGAAACAAUCAACGCAUCGGUAUGCGUACGCGUGUUCACGAGAGGGCUUAUUUGUCUAUUGUAAAUGCGCAUUUUUUUUCUUUUGUUCACGCCAUGAGCUUCGCUUCGUCCACUAAAAUAUGCUAAAUUCGGUCCGGUGUUUGGGCGCUGAAUGGUUUGAAGUUUUCGGCCAACCUUUUGACCUUCGAUGAGGACCUCCGCGCGUGGUUCGGGGGCUGUUGCUAAGAAGAAGCCCUUUUCACAAAGAUGGGGAAAAAGUCAUUGCUAGGUAUGAGGCUGGUACUUCGAGCAUCGGUUCGAUGGGGAUCGCAUCUUAGCUGCGAGAUCAUGAGAGAGGCAAUUGAGAAGCUGCUUGUUUAUAUACUGUGGCUUUGGCUGUGUUUGAUCAGCUGGAUGUGACGAGUGGUUGCGUAUUGGCUCUCUUGGCUUAGGCCAAUUUCCUAGAUGGAUAAAAAAUUUAGCAACGCAAUUCAGUUACUCAAUUUGUAAGACCGUAGUUUUGUUAUGCCUACCUAUACUGUUCCAGAAAUUUAUGAUCAUCGAAGUCUACCCAGCUUUGAAUUGCAAUACAGAGGAUACAUUGGGGGACUUGGCUUAAGUAUUAAGAAAGAUUUCCCUAUCGAUGGCUUCUAACGGUCUUCGAAAUGAUAUAAGGGAUCAUGCACAAAUUACGUCACGCUCCGAGGGUGGGGAGGGGGUCAAGCCAUGCGUGACAAGUCUUACAAAAAUU